AUGGCCUGCUGUGUUCUCUGUGUCUGUGCCCAUGGCCACCGGGGCCUCCUGCUGCCCCUCUGCGCCGAUUUGGAAAAGGGAGUGGUGGCCGGGGCCGAGCCAUCCUGGGGGACUGGGCAGGACCUUAAGACACUGGUCCUGGGGACCUGGGCAGGGGCUCAGACGCCAGCACAGGAACCGCAGGCCUAUGUGGGCAGACAGCUGUGUGCGAGUGUGCUGGGCGUGUGGUCUGUGCCCGUGGCCCACGCUGCCGCGCCUGGGAUCCAGCACAGUGCAGGGGGCGCCUGGGGGCUGUGCCGUCUCGGGGCCUCCGUGGGGCCACUGCCUCCCCUAGGGCCCAGGCCAACACCGAGCCCCCAGGGUGCAGCCGCCCCAGUCCUGGGACCCAGGCUUGGGGUCGGUGAGACCCCGCUGCCCAGCCCUGCUCAGGCCCACCCCGAUGACCCCCGGUCUCCAUCUCAGGCCAGCAGAAAGGCCAAGAAGAAGGAGGGAGGUGCCCUCCGGGCCCAGCGGGCCUCGUCCAAUGUCUUUUCCAACUUCGAGCAGACCCAGAUCCAGGAGUUCAAGGAGGCAUUCACACUGAUGGACCAGAACCGGGACGGCUUCAUCGACAAGGAGGACCUGAAGGACACCUACGCCUCCCUGGGCAAAAUCAAUGUCAAAGAUGACGAGCUGGACGCCAUGCUCAAGGAGGCCUCGGGGCCCAUAAACUUCACCAUGUUCCUGAACCUGUUUGGGGAGAAGCUAACCGGGACGGACACCGAGGAGACCAUCCUGAAUGCCUUCAAGAUGCUGGACCCCGAGGGCAAGGGGAGCAUCCACAGGGACUACAUCAAGCGUAUGCUGAUGUCCCAGGCCGACAGGAUGACCGCGGAAGAGGUCGACCAGAUGUUUCAGUUCGCCUCCAUCGACGCAGCCGGGAACCUGGACUACAAGGCGCUGAGCUACGUGCUCACCCACGGCGAGGAGAAGGAGGAGUGA